AUGAAACCUGUUUCUCUCUCUCUCUCUCUCUCUCUCUCUCUCUCUCUCUCACUAAUUCUUUUAGAUUCUUCCCUUCUGUUAACAAACUUUGAGAAGAAACCAACACACAAAAUGUUUUCUAUCUAUCCAUCUAUCUAUAACCGAAUGGGCCGAAAAUACGACGAUAAGGGACACAUUCCUCUACCUUUUCUUGUAUUCUUCCUCCUUCCGUUAUUUCUUUCUUUCCUUCCUUUCUUUUCUAACUUCCUCGAUUGCAACUUUCGCAAAAAAAGGGAAUAUUUGAAAUUGUUAUACGCCAAGGAAAGAAUAUUGGAUAUCCCUGUUAUCGACGCGGUCAACAACAACAACAACAACAACAACAACAAUAAACACGCACUCGCCAUCAGCGACUCCAGGUCUGGGACUGCCGACAUAGCCUUCUUUUCGUCUUCCUCCAAUAAAAAUACCAGCCCUGCCUCCGCUCUUGUCUUCACCGUCGUUGUCGCCACCGCCUUCCAGGCCCCAGUUCCUGGUUUUCUCCCCACUCCGACACCGACAACAGUGACAUUAAUAUUACCGUAUUCAGAGGCGGCCGCUUCGCUCUCGACAGCGUUUACAACUGCGGAGGGAAACCCGCCGAUCUGUGGCGCGGUAAAGUGGCACUACGACCACGACGACAUCGCUUCCCGCCGUUGCCCGCCAGACCUCUAUCGCUCCCUUCGACUACAGUAA